AGAUGGCUCAGUGGUUAAGAGCACUGACUGCUCUUCCAGAGAUCCUGAGUUCAAUUCCCAGCAACCACAUGGUGGCUCACAGCCAUCUGUAAUGAGGUCCGAUGCCCUCCUCUGGUGUGUCUGAAGACAGCUACAGUGUACUCAUAUACGUUAAAUAAAUAUUUUUAAAAAAAUCUACAAAGGAUACUGAAUCAAACAGGCUCAGACAGUGUAGGACUUGAGAAGAAAUGAUAAGCCCUAAGGUGGCUAGAGUCCUGUGCCUCUGUUUACUUUUCUGACUUAAGGGAAAAGGUAGAGCCUAAGCUAAAGGGAUCACAGGAGGCAGAUCCUGGAAUUCCAGGUCACAUCAAGUUAGGCUUAGGAAGAACUAGAAAGGAGGCAGCCGGUCUGAGUAGAGACAGCUGAGUUCUGUGUAAGGCUUCCCUCAAGCUGUUGCCUAGGGGCUGCCUGUGCAUGCGAGAGCACCCCUCGACGCCAGCUCAGAUUGCCCUCUGCAGAGCUAGGCAAGGAAGGGUGGCGUCAGAGGCCAUGCAGUACUGUAGGAUGUGGGGCUGUCAGCUCAACUUGAGACCAACCACAGUUUGAAUGUGACAUGUCUCACACAGGCUACUUUUGGACCUGUAGUCCCCAGCUGAUAUAGUCCUAUUUGAGACGGUUGUAGAAACUUUAGGAGGUGGAACCUUACUUGACGGGAAGUGGGUCACUGAAGGAAGGUUUUGAGGUUUUUUUCCCUAGCCCCACUUCCUGCCUGUUUUUCUGCUCUUUGGUGAAUGGGUGACCAGGUUCCUAAUACCUAGUCUGCCGUUUCCUGUCACAAAAGAUUUUGUCCCUUUGUUCAUUUAUUUGACAGAGUCUCACUGUGUGGACCAAGCUGACUUUGAACCCACAGAUCUACCUACCACUGCCUCCUAAGCACUAGGGUUAAAGGUGCACCAACCACUACGUCUGGACGGACCCCUUCUUAGACUAUUAGCCACACGAACCCUUCCUUGGUUGUUCCUGUUAGGGAUUUUGUCACAGAAACAGCACAAAUGACCAACACAAAAACCUGGCACUCAGAAGUGGGGCCAUUCCCAGCAUAAAGCUGACCUCAUAGUUUGUAGGCUUUUGGAACUGAUUUGUGUAAGGGAUGAGGAAGAAUUCGGGCGCUCCAGGCUAAAGAAGCCCCAGAGUAUUAGAAACUGAACUCAGUGGGCAUCUUGUGGAACCCAGAAGACCAAAAACUGAAGGAGCUGCAGGCCUGCACCAGGGCUCAGUCAAUACAGUACCUGGCAUGCAUGUAGAAUCUGAAUUGUCCAGACCUCUGGCGCCCACAUAAAGGGUGGGUAUGGCAGCAUGCAUCUGUAAACGGGCUGCGCUGUUGAGGAGAUGUCACAGACCCCUGUAGCUCACUGACUGCCAUCCUAGCCAAUGAUAAGUCUCAGGGUCAGAGAGGACCUUGGCUCAAAGCUAAGAUGACCUGGCUCUCAGGUUUCCGAGCGGAACAAGGACUUUGUCGGGACCUGGGCUAGAGUCUGUUCUUGAUAUUCCAGGGAAAACAUACGCCUAUAUUCUGCCUGUAUCCCUAGACCUCGAAUGGGGCCCAAUUCAAAAGUAGUGAACUUGUCAGGCCAUUAAUCUUAUCAUUCAAGAGGUAGAAGCAAAUGGAUCUUUGUGAGUUUGAGGCUAGCCUGAACUACAAGUGAUGCCCUUUCUUAAAAAACAAACAAGCAAACAAAAAACAAAAAGCAAUGAACUCAAUUUUUUGGCAAAGGAUAUGUCAAGGCAUCAGAGCCACUCAGCCUGUGGCAGUGCCUUCCCCCAGCUCCUGUUGAGGUAUACAGUGAGAGCAGCAAGUGAAAGAAAACAUCGACGUGUACACUUGAGGAGGACGGGGUUGUGAGCAGCUGUAGUUGUUAGAUAGGAGCCUCAUGCUUCAUAGGGAUGAUGUGGAAGGGUUCCCUGAGGAGAAGACCUGAGCCAUCAAAAGCUCCAACUUGUGAAAAUGGAAAUUCAUUUGACCAGAGAACCUGAAGUAAGAGUGUGUCCAGGGUUCCCUGCUGGAUAAACACCUAUGGAAGUGUUUCCCUGGUUCUGCCUUCAAGGACAGAGGAACUCGGAUCCAGGAAGGUCAGACUGCAUCUCCAGCUGGAGCUACAAGGUAGGAUGAUCAAAGACCAUGGAAGACUCACCCCAGGGGUCCAGCCCACUGAAGCCAGGCAGUGUGGAGCAGAACCAAGAAAGCCCCAGAGGCCUGUCUCAAAAGCUAAAGUGGAGGGUGAUUGAAGAAGUCACCCAGUGUCGCCCUUUGACCUAUAUACAUGUGCACAUACAUGUAUGCAUGUACACGUAGGUACACACACAUGAACACAUGCACACAAAAGAAAAAACUAAAGAACUUGCUGGGCUUGUGGUUCAUGUUAUGAUCCUAACACUUGGGAAGUAGAGAAAGGAAGCUCAGGAGUUCAAGGUGAUUCUCAACUACACAGGGUUUGAGACCAGCUGAAAAACAGAGAAUGAAAAAGCAGAUUUUGCCUUAACUAUGGCCUGAAGGAAAGGUCACUUUAGAAGAAGAGUCAGAGUCAUAUAUUGCAUGCUUUAAAAAUGAAGAAGGGAACCAUGACCAAGGAAUGUCGGUACUGCAUAGGAGAGGGGAAGGGAAGGGGCUGCCUUCUGCAGAGUCUCGAGAGGGGAGUGCACCAUUCUACCGUCUUAAUUUAACCUAGUGAGAUGCACAUGGAGUACCUGAUCAUGGUGGACCUCUCACCUACAGUUACCCUAUACCAAUUAUGAGAUAAUGCAUUGUUGUUGUUGUAAGCCACUAUGUUUGUGGUAAUUUGUUGCAGUAGUAACCAUAAAGACUACAGAAUAGGCCACAUUUGCCCUCUUAGAAGGAAGGAGGUCCACUGUGUGAGGAGUCUGCUGUGGUACUGAGUUCCCGGGUAGCGCUGACCGAGGCGAGGCGGUUGCGGCCAUGAAGACAGGUGCUACUUCUAUGUGGGCUUCAUGCUGUGGGCUGCUGAGAAGUCAUGGGAACUGUCAGAGGCCAGUAGGUGGGACUUCAAGGAAGCAGUGGUCCAUUCAGGUUUACACCGAGUUCUAGCUUUCCCACCUACCCACCAGCAGCUACUGAAGGACCCAGUGUGGUUCGCAAAGCCUGUGGACUUUCAAUUUCAGUCUUGAGAAAGAAGCACGUCUGCUGUGACUGCAAGAAGGACUUUGGCUCACUUUGCUCAGUCUCACAAGAAAACUUCCACAGGUGCUCCACUUGUCACCUACUCCAAGAGACGCCGUCCAGCGUCCUCAGUUGAUUCGACUAUAAGUGAAGGACCUGGGGCAGUAUCUCCUCAGAAACGUACCGACCGAUGCUUGUCGUGAGAAGGAGGACUUGGUGGAGCUAGUGCUGUGCCAUCGUGGACCAGGCUCAGGGUAUGACCUGGACUCAAGGAGCCUCAAUUCCUCAAGGUCCCAGACUUCUAGUUUUUUUUUUUUUUUUACAAAAUCCUAUUUUUCAAAUUAUACAGCCCCCUCUGCUACAGUGUCCUCCUUCCAGAAAGAGCUCAUGGCACCUUCAGAUCAGAAAUUCUAGCAAAGGUGCAAAGUGAAAUAGCUUCAGCAAACACAGAUGAUGCCACCACCGCUGACGAUGAACAAGAAGAGGAAAACUGAGAGAACAGAACCCGGGACUCUCUAAGAAGAAAGUGAGUCAAACCUUGAAGGAGGUAGAAGGGAUGAGUGUGCACCAGCUGAAGGAAAUCCUGGCUCAGAAUUUUGUCAACUGUUCUGGCUGUUGUGAAAAAUGGGAGCUGACAGAGAAAGUCAACUGGCUGUACAAAGAGAAUGAAGGACACCAAAAUUCAUAUGGUGAGCGGAUGCAACUUCAGGAUGAGGAAGACGACAGCCUGCGCUGAACCCACCUGGGAUGAGGCCAUUGAUGUGUCCUGCUGGACUAUGGGCACAUGGUCACCUGCACCAAGUGUGGCAAGUACAUGACGAACAGAGUAUCUGCCAAGCACGGGCCUCCGUGAUGGUCUACGAUGACACCAGUAAGAAAUGGGUACCAAUCAAGCCUGGCCAGCAGGGAUUCAGCCGGAUCAACAUCUACCACAACACUGCCAGCAACACUUUCAGGGUUGUAGGGGUCAAGCUACAGGAUCAGCAGGUUGUGAUCAAUUAUUCAAUUGUGAAAGGGCUGAAGUACAAUCAGGCAACACCCACCUUCCAUCAGUGGCGAGACGCCCGUCAGGUCUAUGGCUUAAACUUUGCGAGUAAGGAAGAAGCAACCACAUUCUCCAACGCGAUGCUCUUUGCCCUGAACAUCAUGAACUCCCAAGAAGGAGGCCCCUCCACACAGCGUCAGGUGCAGAAUGGCCCCUCUCCUGAGGAGAUGGACAUCCAGAGAAGACAAGUAAUGGAGCAGCAGCACCGCCAGGAGUCUCUGGAGAGAAGAAUCUCCGCCACAGGGCCCAUUCUCCCCCCUGGGCAUCCGUCAUCGGCAGCCAGCGCCACCUUCUCCUGUAGUGGACCUCCACCUCCACCUCCACCUCCAGUUCCACCUCCACCCACAGGGUCUACUCCCCCGCCCCCGCCCCCGCUGCCUGCUGGAGGAGCCCAGGGGACCAACCACGAUGAGAGCUCUGCAUCAGGACUGGCUGCUGCUCUGGCAGGAGCCAAGCUAAGGAGGGUGCAGCGGCCAGAGGAUGCAUCUGGAGGCUCCAGUCCUAGCGGGACUUCAAAGUCCGAUGCCAACCGGGCAAGCAGUGGGGGAGGAGGAGGAGGCCUCAUGGAAGAAAUGAACAAGCUGCUGGCUAAGAGGAGAAAGGCAGCCUCCCAGACAGACAAGCCCGCUGACAGAAAGGAAGAUGAGAACCAAACGGAAGAUCCUAGCACCUCCCCAUCCCCAGGGAGCCGAGCCACCAGCCAGCCACCUAAUUCCUCAGAGGCUGGCCGAAAGCCCUGGGAACGGAGCAACUCGGUGGAGAAACCUGUGUCCUCGUUGCUGUCCAGGGUGAAGCCUGCUGGGAGUGUGAAUGACGUGGGCCUGGAUGCCUUAGAUUUGGACCGGAUGAAACAGGAGAUUCUGGAGGAGGUGGUCCGAGAGCUCCACAAGGUGAAGGAGGAGAUCAUAGAUGCCAUCAGGCAGGAACUAAGUGGGAUCAGCACCACAUAAGAUGGCGCCAGCCCUGGAGGAUCUUGAGGAGCUGUGCUAGCCCCAGCGAACAUCGAGCCUGCGGAAGCUGGGAUAUACUUAAGUCUCAACCUGUGAUACAAUAUUAAAAUGAGGAAACAAACUUCAACUCCUGGAUUUUUUAGUGUAUCUGACACAGAACACCGGGUCUAUUCUUUUUUGUAUUUUAUAUUUGCUUAUUUAAGUGUACAUUCCUUUGGUUUAUAGAGAACACCCCCAAAUCACCUGCUUUAUUAGAUGGCUUCCAAGUUUUCUCCUAGGUGACACUGUUGGCACCUCAGCUGGCAGGGAGCAGCUGGGUGCAGCGUGACCUUUCCGUGCCACAGAGCUGUCAGGAUGCAGCACAGCUCCAGCAGCCACAGUGUCCCAGUUUGUCCACGCAGUGCGUGUUAUGUCCACAGAAUAAACUGUUCACUGUCCACA